CAAAAGUGGAGGACGAUAGUACUAUCUUGAUUAUAGAAGAAACACCAUACCGGAAGAGCCCAGGAUAUCUGAGAGAUACUACAUUAGAAAACGCUACUAAUUCACCAGAGAUAUCGCCACCAAAGUCGACCCUUAGGGACCUAGAAAGGGCAAUAACUGAAAUUACUAGUAAAAAGUUAGCAUUAGAAUUCCAAAGAGAAAAGGCAUUGGUAGCAAAGGCAAAGGAAGACCAGAUGAGUGGAUUUUUUGGAGGAAUAUCGAGAUCAUUGUCAGGGGGAGGCCAGAGCACAACAAAAGAAGACAAUUCGGAGACCAAACCAGUGGUUCAAAUGGUAGAAGCAAAAACAAGUAUUAAAAUGGCAACAGGACCACCAGUGCCAGACCCAUCAACAAUAGUAAAAGAAAAUAAGGAAAAAAAGAAAGAGGCCGUGGCGUCUAUUAGCAGCAGCAAGAAUAGUAAGCCACAAAGUACCGCAGGGGACAAUGUUGGAGGGACCAGUACGUCAACACCAGUAACUGCAGGGACAUCUACUAAUCCACCGGAAAACCCAUUUUGCAUAAUUAAAGAUUGUAAAAAUAAAAAACAAAAGGGGGCACAAUUCUGCAAGAGCUGCUUGGAUAAGCAGCUGGCGGCAAGAAAAUGCGUAACCAAGGAUUGCACCAAUGUAAAAUUGGGAGGAUCGAAAUUUUGUGCAAAGUGUGCCUCCAAAAAUGACACAGUCUACUGCAAAGAGGGAACCUGCGUUGAACAAGCCCAAAUGGGAGAAUUAUACUCAAAAGUGGAGGACGAUAGUACUAUCUUGAUUAUAGAAGAAACACCAUACCGGAAGAGCCCAGGAUAUCUGAGAGAUACUACAUUAGAAAACGCUACUAAUUCACCAGAGAUAUCGCCACCAAAGUCGACCCUUAGGGACCUAGAAAGGGCAAUAACUGAAAUUACUAGUAAAAAGUUAGCAUUAGAAUUCCAAAGAGAAAAGGCAUUGGUAGCAAAGGCAAAGGAAGACCAGAUGAGUGGAUUUUUUGGAGGAAUAUCGAGAUCAUUGUCAGGGGGAGGCCAGAGCACAACAAAAGAAGACAAUUCGGAGACCAAACCAGUGGUUCAAAUGGUAGAAGCAAAAACAAGUAUUAAAAUGGCAACAGGACCACCAGUGCCAGACCCAUCAACAAUAGUAAAAGAAAAUAAGGAAAAAAAGAAAGAGGCCGUGGCGUCUAUUAGCAGCAGCAAGAAUAGUAAGCCACAAAGUACCGCAGGGGACAAUGUUGGAGGGACCAGUACGUCAACACCAGUAACUGCAGGGACAUCUACUAAUCCACCGGAAAACCCAUUUUGCAUAAUUAAAGAUUGUAAAAAUAAAAAACAAAAGGGGGCACAAUUCUGCAAGAGCUGCUUGGAUAAGCAGCUGGCGGCAAGAAAAUGCGUAACCAAGGAUUGCACCAAUGUAAAAUUGGGAGGAUCGAAAUUUUGUGCAAAGUGUGCCUCCAAAAAUGACACAGUCUACUGCAAAGAGGGAACCUGCGUUGAACAAGCCCAAAUGGGAGAAUUAUACUGUGCAGCACAUACAUGCACAACCAAUGGCUGUAUGGAGCCAAAGGAUGGGAAUAGCCAUCUGUGCAGAGGCUGCUAUCAGAAAGUAGAAGAACAAAGAAAGCAAAGAUGCCAACACUGUGGAGCCAAAAUAAGACAAUGUGAAGAACAGGGAUGUGAAAACCUUGUGCUGGAGGACGCAAUGUACUGUUGGCCCUGUGAAAAGAAUCUACCAGAAUGCAUAAGAGAGGAAUGUCGAAGCUCAGUGCAGCAUAGGUCAAAUCAGUACUGUGAUGUUUGCUUUAAUAGCAUGAGCCCACCAAACACACCAACACCAACGGUUUCUCAAACAGUCAGUAUGGGGCAAGGAGCGGGAUCUCAGCCAAACUUAGCAGGAACUAGUAUCCAGGGAAUAGGAAGAACUGCCACAUCACCACCAAGACAACCGCCUAAUUGGCAAACAACAAUCGUACAACCACCAGGGGGCCAGCAGGGUAUAGUUGAUCCAUUCAUCACGGCAUGA